AGUCUAUAGAAGAAGUGUCAAUUGUCGCUCUCGAGUGUUCGUUCUCGACCCCUCUUUACCCCCUCAAUUGCAUAAUUCUUAUCUCAUCUUUUUUUUCGCCUUAUUUCUGUGUGUGCCCAUACAUACUUGACUAUUAAAGGUGACACAUUAUUCCUCGCCGCCACUAGCAACGUCCAGUUUUACACCUCGCUGUCUAAGCUGUUUCUUCUGAACUGAAGAAACCAAUUGCUUGAAUCAAUUGGCUCAGAAACAAAACAGUACAAAGGAUUCUUCCCUACAUCAUACAAUCACACUCCCUAAGAAAUAAAGAAGAUUUGUCUAGGUUUUCCUUUCUUUGUUACUUGUAAUCGUCUUCAUUUAACACUUAUUAACAUAAACGUUAACUAUGACCAGAGAUAUUACGAACCAUCUCCUCUUUGAAGUGGCCACCGAGGUCGCUCACAAGGUUGGUGGAAUUUAUUCGGUGUUGAAGUCCAAAGCUCCCAUCACUGUGGCCGAGUACCGGGAAAGAUACACUUUGAUUGGUCCAUUAAACUACAAUUCGGCCCAGAUCGAGGUUGAAGAAUUGCCUGUAAAGGAUCCACUUAUCAAGCAGACUUUGGACUCGAUGAGCGAGCGUGGUAUCCGUUGGUUGUACGGUAGAUGGUUGAUUGAAGGUGCCCCUCGUGUCUUGUUGUUUGAUAUCUGGUCUGCAGGCCAUCACUUAAACGAGUGGAAGUCUGAUUUGUGGAACAUUGCUGGAAUUCCAACUCCAGAUCAUGACCAGGAAAGUAAUGAUGCCAUUCUCCUUGGUUACUUGGUUGCUUGGUUCUUAGGUGAAUUGGUCUACAACGACCGUGAAAGAGCCGUAAUCUGUCAAUGUCACGAAUGGUUGGCUGGUAUAGCCUUGCCCUUAUGUAGAAAGAGAAGAAUCGAUGUCACUACCAUCUUCACCACCCACGCUACACUCUUGGGAAGAUACUUGUGUGCUGGCUCUACCGAUUUCUACAACAAUUUGGCCAAUUUUGAUGUUGAUGCCGAGGCAGGAAAGCGUGGUAUUUACCACAGAUAUUGUAUGGAAAGAUCGGCCACACAUUCUGCCGAUGUCUUCACUACCGUAUCUCAUAUCACGGCUUACGAAGCUGAGCAUUUGUUGAAGAGAAAGCCAGAUGGAGUUUUGCCAAACGGGUUGAACGUCGUCAAGUUCCAAGCUGUUCACGAGUUCCAGAACUUGCAUGCCAUCAAGAAGGCAAAAAUUAACGAAUUCAUCAAAGGUCAUUUCUACGGUAACUACGACUUCGAUUUAGACAACACCCUCUACUUCUUCAUUGCGGGUAGAUACGAGUUCAGAAACAAGGGCUGUGACUUCUUCAUCGAAGCUUUGGCCAGAUUGAACCACAGAUUGAAGGAAGCUGGCUCCAAGAUGACCAUUGUUGCAUUUAUCAUUAUGCCUGGUAAGACUCAUUCUUACACUGUGGAAACUUUGAAGGGUCAAGCCGUCAUCAAGCAGUUGGAAAGCACGAUUGAAGAAGUGCAAAAAAAAGUCGGGGAACGUUUGUUCGAACAUUGUGCGCGUUUUCCUAACGCCAAUAACAAGAGCAACACCGAAGUUCCUUCGAUCGACGAAUUGAUUAAGCCAGCCGAUAGAGUGUUAUUGAAGAGAAGAAUCUUCGCACUUAAGCGCGAGGGAUUACCACCAAUUGUCACCCAUAACAUGGCUGAGGAUGCUACUGAUCCAAUCUUGAACCAAAUUAGACGUGUUCAGCUUUUUAACAAGCCAGAAGAUCGUGUCAAGAUCAUCUUCCACCCAGAAUUCUUGAACGCCAACAACCCAAUCUUGUCCUUGGACUACGAUGAAUUCGUUAGAGGCUGUCACUUAGGUGUUUUUCCAUCCUACUAUGAACCUUGGGGUUACACUCCAGCUGAGUGUACUGUUAUGGGAGUUCCAUCUGUCACCACCAACUUGUCUGGUUUUGGAUGUUAUAUGGAAGAUUUAAUUGAAAACACUUCGGACUACGGUAUCUACAUCGUCGAUAGAAGAAUGAAGUCUGUGGAUGAAUCGAUCAAUCAAUUGACCGAUUACAUGUACAACUUUGCUGAAAAGACAAGAAGACAAAGAAUCAACCAAAGAAAUAGAACUGAAAGAUUGUCUGACUUGUUGGACUGGAAGAGAAUGGGUUUGGAAUACAUCAAAGCUCGCCAGUUAUCAUUGAAAAGAGCUUAUCCAGACAAGUUCAAGAAUGGUGCUAAUCCAUUCAACAACCAAUCUAACUUAAAAUUAACUAGACCACUUUCUGUUCCAGGUUCGCCAAGAGGUAAAGUUGGUCUCAUGACUCCUGGUGACUUAGGUUCGUUGCAGGAAGCCCAGGAAUCCUUGAACACUGAAGACUAUAUCGGUUUCAAGUUGGGCGCUACUGAUGACGUGGAUGACGAUGAUGACGAGCAUCCUCACUAUCCAUUGACAUUAAGAGGUACCUCUGCUCCACCACAAGAAGAGUCUGCCUAAUCCAGGUAAUUGAUCCCAUGCUCUCUAAACUAUCCUUGAUUUUUCUACAUCAAUAUAUGCAAACAUUAUUUUUUGCUAUUAUCUCCUUAGCAGACUACUAUUUUCAAGUUCACUUCAAAAUCAGGUUGAUGCAUUGCUUUGUUUGUUUAACUAAACUUGUCACGAUUAUAUAUACACACUCAUAAAUACAUAUCGUUCGUUCUUUGUA